CAGUACGCACGUGACCGAAGAGCCGUCGAGACGUCGAGCACGCGGCGCCAUCGCCAUGGACUCGGACCUCUGCGAUGUUAAACACGGCAAACGGUAAAGGGAAUUUGGGCGACGGCGUCCAGACCGCCAGGCUGCGCCGUCAGCACGGCCUCCAGCUGCCGUUGCAUCCCUUGCAGCUCACCGGUUGGUUAACUUUGGCAGUCCUCUCAGGAGGCUCGUUUUCGGUACUGAUUCCCUCCUUGCCCGUCACCGCUCAACCACCGGUACUAGCCGUACUCUCCCUUUUCCUGCUGGUGCACUUGGCGUCCCAUUUAGGGGCCGCUCUGGUCGACCCCGCCGAGGCGGCGCUCAGAGAAAGGGCCCCCGUACCAGUAGCUCAAUUCGAUCGGACGAAAUACGCUCACGUCAUCGAGAGCGGCCACUGUCACCUGUGCCUGAUACCCAUCAGCGGUCCGCGAACCAAGCACUGCAGCUCCUGCAACAAGUGCGUCGCCCGCUUCGACCAUCACUGCAAGUGGCUGAACCACUGCAUCGGCGCCAGGAACUACGCGCUGUUCCUGAUGUGCGUCUCCACGGCGGUGGCGGCCGCCGCCGUCGUCACGGCGCUCGCCGUCGCCCAGCUCGUCCUGCACCACUCCAACUGGUACUCCGGCGACAAGCAGGACGAUGGCGACGCCGAUAGAAAAGAUUCCCUGUUGCCGGAUUUAAACUCGACUACACCCUUGCCUCCGUCCUCGCUGCCGUCCAGCGACGCUGCGUUUCUAGCCGUAGUGGCAGCGUUAGGUCUGCUAGCAGCCAUUACUGCGGGCCUGCUGCUGCAUCUGUGCUUCUUUCAUAUUUACAUCUCCUUCCUGGGACUCACCACCUACGAGUACAUCAGGAACCAAAGGCAGAACCAGGUUCCUGCCACCGUUACCGAACAAGAACGAGAACAGGAAAUAAAUAAUCCGAACCUCCGGCAUCGUCCGCUAGACUUGUGUUGCGGCGAGCAGCGCACCAAAACGACGCUGUUCACGUGCACGGUACUGGAGGAGACGUUCUCGAAUUGCAACGUGGAACCGACGCCGACGCCGCCGAGCACGCCGCAAGACUGCCAGAUGUGCAUAAUGACCAACAACUCGGUGGCGCCGGAGACGAAGCCCGUCCAACAGAGAAAAGUGAGAAAAAAGUGGAACUGCUGCGUGUCGGUGCCGGACAGCCCGGACGAUCCGCACAGUCCAUCGGAACCAAAGUGUCUUAUAUCGCUGUGCAAGUAUAAAGUCAAGGGGAAGAGCCUGCCGGCGCUCGAAGGUCGACCGCACCGGACGCACGGCCACUGGUCGAGCGCCAAGCUGCGGAUGAUAUUCAGGGUGCUGGGCAACUUGGGCCAGGCGAAGCGCAAUACCACGCAGCCGGCGAAGCCGCCGGUCGAGCAGCCCGCGCAGCUGCAGGUGCAGACCAUUAACAACUUAGUGCCGAUCAGUUACCCGCGGGCGGGGGCGCUGCCGACGCUGCCGGCGCCGGCGCGUCGGCGCGUCAUCAGCGAAACGGAGCUGGCGAACGCGCUGGCGGUGCUGCAGCAGCAACAGCAGCGCUGCGGCGCGCGCAGGCCGCUGUACAGGAGGAGGAGGAGGAGCGUGGUGCACAGGCCGAAGACGCCGGCGUUGUCGCCCAUCAGGGAGAGCGGUUUGUCCAAUCCCGCCUCGCCUUCCCGGCAGACUUGUACGACUAUCGAACGUCCUUAAGAUUACCUGCUGUAUUUGUCCAUUUUGAAUAAACGAGUAGGAAAUUUAGAUGCAAGAGUUUCGUCGAAAUUGCAGAAAUUAGGUAACAUCUCUACUCUACUAUACCCAGGAAUGUUUCUAUACAUACGCCUAAAUACAAAUUUUAACAAACGCGAAGGUACUAACAAUGUGAGUCUAAUGUUUUUAAUAAAUUUCAAAUUGAUUACUCAGAAUAUUAUCUUCUAUACAAUCCGUUGUAAUUCCAGCAAAAAUCUUUUGAAAUUCGUAACUAAUAAUUUUACAUAAUACGAGUAGUCUAUCGAAGCAAAAGUGAUUUAUCGAAUUUUACCGGUAAAUAAAAUUGAUAUAGUGGGUUAGAAGUAGAAAUAAAUAAUCUCCGAUUCUAACAUUAAAACAACAAAAUCUUUACUGCGUAUGUCAUCUAGUAACCGGUUCGAAUUUCGCAUUUUAUUUGGUACAAAUUGCUGAUAAAUUAUUGACCAAUUAUUCUAACGAAUAACGUUUUAAAGACAUUUUACUGUAUAUAUACAAAAUAAGUUUUCAUGCACUCAAAGGCGAUAUUACUUUAUCAUUUAAUGUACUGGGUGUCCGCGAAAAUAAUGCUUUUUCCUUUAAAGGUGGAAUGAAUUUUAAGGCAAGAAAAUUUUGAAUGGGUGUAAAGGAAUUUACAUCUUUUUGGGGACACCUUGUAUUUAAUUAGCUUGUCAAUGUAAGUGUAUUUACAAUACCUGCAAUGACUUCAAUGGAAUAAUUCUUUUAUAUGAAAUCUGAAUCAACAGUUAAAAUCCUGCGAUAUUUUUUCGUGUAAAGCGAGAAUGUUUUUUAUAAAAUAUAUUUUAGCGAUUUGUUAAUUCAUUAAAUUAUAUCAAUGUUUUUUGUGUGCAUUGACAUUGUUAAUAAAACUAUAUUUCUGAUAUUCCGG